UGCUAACACUGCAUAAAAGUGUUAAAACUAACGCUGGUUGGUGUUAAAUUUAACUACAAGAAGAGUCAAAUUUACAUUAACUUAGUGUGAAGGUACCAACACUAGAAAAAGGGUUAAAUUAAGACUCAUACAGACACUUUACACGUGUUAAGAUCAGCUCGUACCUUUCAUCAUCUGAUCAGACGUUUAAGACCAGAACCCUCAGAACUUUCAUCAUCUGAUCAGACGUUUAAGACCAGAACCCUCAGAACUUUCAUCAUCUGAUCAGACGUUUAAGACCAGAACCCUCAGAACUUUCAUCAUCUGAUCAGACGUUUAAGACCAGAACCUUCAGAACAGAACUUAAAGAGUCAUGAAGGACUCAGUGAUGAGCAGCUCCUCCUCCUUUAACCACGACCUCGACCCGGUUACAACCUGCUUCCUGCUCUAAAUGUUUGGUCUCUGGCUCCAUCUGAAGUUCUACUAGAACCUUGUUCAGAUCCAACAGGUUCUUUUUGUGAGUGCAGCUAGAACAGGUGGAGAACAGGUGGAGAACAGGUGGAGAACAGGUGGAGAACAGGAGGUGGUGUCAGUGGUGAAUGAUGGAGACGAACAGGUUUCUCCUCACGUCUUUAACUUUAUAAACUCAUGUGAACGUCCAGGAGCAGAACCCGGUUUAGAACCUGCUCCUCUUAAAGGUUGAUUCUAAGGAGCAGGAGGAGGAGGAGCCCGGUCCUCCCCUUGUCCUCCGGAGGGGGGCGCUGUGGGGCUGCCGAGGAGCCGCUGAGCCAGCAGGGAGUCCGGGGGAGAGGAGGAGGGGGAGGAGGGGGAGAGGGGGAGGAGUAACCGGACACCGACUCACGGAGCGGCUGCUGUCCGGUCAGAGAGCAGGGAGCCCGGCAGCAGCAGCGGCAGCAGCGGGACGCAGAGCAGCUUCACACCGGACAACAGCAGCCUCGGAGCGGCGGAGCUGAAGCGGAGGCUCCGCUCCUCUCUGCCGGACCCACAGCGGCUUCCAGCGGCUUCACCUCCUCCUCCUCCGGCCCCAAACACCGGAGCCCCGCCCGUCCCGCCGGGGCGGCCUGUCAGCAUGAAGAAGAACAGCACCGGGAAACGGGGUCUGGUGGACUCGGCGCCCCAGAACGUCCCCCCUGAUAAGGUGGGCUGGAUCAGGAAGUUCUGUGGGAGAGGAAUCUUCAGGGAGAUCUGGAAGAACCGCUUCGUGGUUCUGAGAGGAGACCAGCUGUUCAUCUGCGAGAAGGAGGUGAAGGAGCUCGGUCGGGCUGAUGAGGUGCUGGACCUGUCGGACUACGAGCGCUGUGAGGAGAUCAGGAAGAACAAGAGUCGUAGCAAGAAGAACCACAGCAAGUUUAGAUUGCAGCGCUGCAGCUCACCUGGGAACACGGUUCCUAACCUGGUCUUCCUCGCCGUCAGUCCGGAGGAGAAGGAGUCCUGGAUCAACGUCCUCAGCGCCGCCAUCACCAGGGCCAAGAACCGGAUCCUGGACGAGGUCAUCGUUCAGGACUCUCACCUGUCUCACCUGACACGAGACCGAGUCAAGAUCCCUCAUAACCGCCGCCUCCCAACCAGAGGCCACCUCCUGGCAGUGGCCUCCACCUCCUCCUCAGAUGGGACUCUGAUUCUAGACCUGGUCCAUGAGGAGGAGCAGAGUCCUCCUCAUGGAGCUGACGCCUUCAUGGUCGACUCGGACAAACCGGCGUCGCUCCUCGGUCCGGAAGGUCCCAGGUCCCAGACCCGCCCCCCCGAGGCUUCUGGGAAAUCGCACAGUCUUCCCCGGGAGGUGGUGGUGGUGUGGGAGCAGCCGGGUCCGGGACAGACGUCCCAGCUCAGCGCCUCCAUGGACCAGAUCCUGACACACUCAGAGACUAAAGACGCCAAGAACAAGACGCCUCCGGUCUCCAGCCCCACCUCCUCCUCCUCCUCCUCCUCCACCACAGCCGCCCCCCUCGGCCGGGUCCAGGACCUCGGCCGGGUCCAGGACCUCAUCGUCCAGAAGCUGGAGAAGACGGAGAGGCUGCUGAAGGAGGUCCGGGCCGAGGCCGGGAAGGAGUCGGGGGAAGGAGCUCGGGCCGAAGCCGAGAGACUCCUGAAGGAGGCGGCGGUGGCCUGGAACCAGGCCCACCAGGUCCUGGAGGAGGUGAAGGAGCUGAGGGCGUUGUACCGACAACUGGACUCCAAUAAAGACUGAUCCAGACUGGGUCCAGGUAGACCAGAUCUGGAUGGACCACUUCUGCUCAGGGUCCAGGUCCAAGACCCUCCAGGAAUCUGACCCUAAAGAACCUCCUCCUCCUCCUCCUCCUCCUCCUCCUCCUUCUCCUCCUCCUCCUCCUCCUCCUCCUCCUCCUCCUUUCUUUCAUGGGGACGUCUGUGGUCUGAGGUAGUCCAGUAUCUGGUCUACGAUCCUGUAACUGAGAACCAGUUCCUGACCCUUUAGAGCAGGAACUGGUUGGUUUAAACCUCCUAGAAAUGGACCCUGGUCCUGGUCCUGGUCCUGGUCCUGGUCCUGGUCCUGGAGCUCAGGUAGCCGCCCCUCAGAUUAAUGUGAAUGUCGUCAUGUGAUCGAACAUGUGCCAAGAAGAAGGUUUAGAUCCAGAUCUUGGUGUCACUUUGGAUCCUGUAGGUUCCUAGUUUCUGUGUGUAGAGGAUCGUUUAGGUACUGGACCGAACACGGUACGAUUCAGGUCCAGGGUCCAGACCCAGGACCACGUUGCUGGAACCUUUUCUUCUGAGUUUACUUCAGUUUCUUCAUUAAAACAAAGGUCAAAUAUUUCAAAUUUCAUCCAGUUAGCACAGCGGCUAGCAGCUAGCGGCUAGCCGCUGCUGUUUGGAUUCCAGUUGCCGAGCUAACGGAUGCUAUGCACAACAACCACCAGCAACUUGAACUUUCCCCGUGGGCCAGAAUGUGAAUGUGGAGACACGGUGGAGGCGUUUCUCUCCAGUCUCAGGGCUAAACGAGUUUUAAUGAUUUGAGUUAAACGGUCAGGACCUGCUGCAAGACGCCGCCUCCUCAGCCAAUCAGACGACAGUGUUUCUCGUUGCCAGGCGAAAUAGCAGCGUCAUUGCGUCCACAGAUACACACUUAUUUUAUAAAGGAAAUGUAUUAGUUCAACUCUUUACAGGCACCUCAUGCGUUAAAUCCAGAUGAAUGAGUGUCUCAUAUCUGGUUCCUGGUCUCAUAUCUGGUUCCUGGUCUCAUAUCUGGUUCCUGGUCCUUAAACUAAUGUAAACAUGUAUUUGUCACAUUAGAAACAUCAGGACACU